AUGCUUUUUCUCGAGUCCGUCGGCAAGUUCGGAAUGAAGUGGAACUCAUUGUACUUCGCGAAAACACCCUUAUUUACGAGAAAAAACUCUCUAAAUAAUGGCCUCAAGCUCUUAGUCACACCCCUUUCGCAUGCUCUAUGCUCAAAAAUGUUCACAUCCACUGUUAUUUUGACAGGAGUGAGUAUUAAUACAAUGAGGGUCAAUCCUGCCUUAGAUGUGGGUAGCUGCUUGCGACAGCAUCUUGACUCGCGCAAGUCCUCAGCAAUUAAUGGCCUGCACGCCAACUUAAAGUACCGCUAUUACGGCGCUAGUCCCAGAAUCAAAGACAAAUAUUGUAUACAAAAUAAGACGUCAUACUCCUCCCACUACAAACAUGGCUUGAGUCCGUUGCCUCUGUUCUUUACUAGCCAGACGAUGUACGAAGAGGCCAUGACCUUCCCCAAUGCAAACAACCGAGUCAUAGUGCUCCCGAAUUUUGAUCCCAGCAGAGCGAUUUUCUCAGGAGGGGACGUGGCAUUGUCUCUUCCCCCACGAACAGCAGUCGAAUGCAGGUACUUUGAUAGGGGAGAAGACUGCUGGUUAGUUUAUAUGAAAUACGAUACAACAAAGCUCUUUCUCUCACGUAUCCGAACUACAGUCCCAAAGCUCUUAAGAGAAGUAGAGAUCGUUUUUCCCCUCAUAAGCCACAGUUCCAGUCUUUCCGAGCUCGAUUCUGCUACAAAGAAUGACGAAGGGCUACUGAACAUCUGGCCUCUGGUGUGCGGAGUUCAAGCCUUCCACUCAUUAUCCACAUAUGGACCAUAA